AUGAGCUUCUCAACCCAGCACCGCAACCUUUCCCCCAGCGGUGGACGAUACCAUGUGGCUGGCCCACGAGCGUCCACUGGCAUGGUUCAGCUUGGCUCCUCCGUCGACCCCUACGAACCAACCAGACGCCAUUAUGAGCAUGAUGAAUAUCCCUCUGAUGCAGGCUACGGGAGUGCCUACAGACAUUACCCGAUUCGCCGAUCGCCAGUAGAGGCCCGGCCAGUUUCGACGCAGAAAGUCCGGGAUUCUGGUCAUUCGACCAAGCGAACGGAAUAUACCAUCGAACCUCAGUCUCGACACCGGAGCAGGAGCAAUACAGCAUCUGCUGUUGAUAUCUACCACAAUUCUGCUCAUUUGUCGGUGCCCUCACAUCAUCAUUCAGUCCACUCUGUUCCUGGCCGUGAUCUAAGUCCCCUGCCCACUGAUUCGGGCCACUACGUGAUGCCUGCUCAUCAUGGUGGACAUCGUCGCUUGCAUAGCACUGACUACGCAAGUGACACUGGUCGUCUGGAUUCGCAUGAUCGAAUUAAACACCGAUCGAGUCGCCAUGGGUCACACCAUGGUCCUCCACCCAGCGGACGGCGGCGAUACCCCGCCUACGACGGUAUCAAGAAGGGCGAGGACAUUGACAACUACCAUGCUUAUUCCUACACGACACCUCGAGAGCAGUUUGACCGUGACUACCCAGUUCAGCCACGCCAUCCUGGGGGUAGAAGCUUGAUAGAUCGGCCUGUGAGUAUGAUCAUGGACGACGAGCAUUCCCAGCGGGUGUCUCGUAGGGAUAGACUGCAUGGUCCCCCGCCAACAUCCUGGGGAAUGGAUAAGCUAGACUGGGAAGGACGACCCCGCACUGGUCGGGCUGACGACCAUUACCGGGAUGGCUCUAGGUCCAGGGGCCAUGACCGUUCGCUGGUCGCAGUCCCACACCUGUCAGACGAUGAUCAUGAUUCCUAUAGUGAUGGCCACCGUCGUCGUCGCCGGCACCGUAGAUCUCAUCAUGAGAGUGACCGGCACCGCCAUGAUGACAGGUCUCCUCGUUCCCACCAUAAUGGCGAAAGUGAGCAGGCAUUGGUAGGACUGGGAACAGCUGCCCUGGGCAACGGCUAUGCAGACAUGUCUGAUUACGACCACCGGCCAUCGCGACAGCACAGACGCCCACGCGAGCCAGAGCGCGACCUUCAGCCGCCACAGUCAACAUCUCGGGAAUUAGUCGAUGAAACACCGAGCCCUGAAAGAAAGCAGCUUUUCCUCGAACCAGGUGACCAUCAUCGCUCUCGCCGCAGUCGAUCUCGCAGAAGCUCCCAUUCCCGACGGCGCAAUGGGGAGGAGUCGGAUUGGCUCACGGAUGAUGAAGAUCUUCGCAAAUAUCAGCGUGAACCGUCCGCAGCUCCGCAUCGGAAGCACAGCAGCGAGGAUAGCAGCGAGGACAAUCAGGCAACCAGGGGACAUCGUCGUCCACGGGAGCGCUCACACGUGCGGUCACGCAGUCGAUCAAUUUCAAAUGACAGCAAGGAAGGAGGAAAGAAGGUUGUCGCAGUUGACCCGCCUGCACAAAAAGAGCCUGAUACCAUGCCAAAGGGAAUUCUGAAGAAACCUCGUCCAGCCUUCCCUGAGGAACCCAAUCCGGUGCGAGAAGGCGUGGCUCCUCUGUCCAAGGACGCAGACAAGCACGGAAUUCCACCUGGAGCUCGUUGGACCAAAAUCGAUCGGCGGCUAGUCAAUCCGACGGCAUUGAGACUGGAAGGCAUACGGUUCGAGGAGCGGCCGGAUUAUGUCAUUGUACUAAAGGUCUUGUCGAAAGAAGAUAUUCAGAAGCUCGCGUUGGCGACUCAACUAAUUCGAGAUGCCCGCCACAAGGAGCACGUGCGUGACAAGCGUCAGCACAGAGAUGAAUACCAGCGUGAUGGCCACUACAACGAUUCAACCUCGAGUGAUGAUGAGGAUGAGGACGACGAGCCUUUGAAGAUCGAGGCAGCCCCGGGGACUGAGCCCCAGCGCCAGCACUUGUCAUUGCCUGAGCGUCCUCGAUCCUCGAGCCACUCCGCUCAUGAAAACGCGAAAAUGAGGAUGAGCCCUUCUGCUGCGCCGGCGUAG